CUACGGUUUUCUGAUACUGUAAUGCGACUGAUAUUUUUUUGCAAUGUGAUUGUGGAAGGCAUUGGACAUAAAUUAAAAUUUCGUAUAUUUUCAAGAAGUAUUUUCAGAAUUCUUAUUUACCACCAAAUUAUUUUACUUCUAUAUGUCUAUUUUAUCCUAAGAACGCACAGAGAUACAGUCAGAUCAUCUUUUUAUUGAAACUGUUGCUUUUAUACUUACCAAGAUGUCGGUGAUACUCUUCUACAAUUUUGACAAGGAAAAGAUGUAUGUAUCGUCGUGAAAGCUUAAGUGGAAUUUAUAUGAGCUUACAGUCAUUUGAGUGUAUAAAUAAUUAUAGUUAGAAUAACGCUAAUAUGAAUCAACUUACCGAAGAAAAUAUUCAGAGUAUGAAGUGUAGUCAGAAGGGCACGAAUAUGAAAAACAAAAGUAAAAAGGCCAAAGAUCCUGAAAACCCGGAUGAAAUAAGUAUAUCUAAUCAAGAGAACUUAAGCGACUCUUUAGCCAAUACUCUUCAUAUAAAUAACAUCAGUAGAAACCUAACCAAUGGGACUAGUGAUCAUCCAAAUGGAAGUCCCGAGAGUCAGAAGCAUGUUUCGGAAAGCCAAGUCGAUAUUCCGAGUGAAGAUGUAAAUGAUGUAAAUAGUGUACAGUGUAGUGACGGAACAUGUAAACGUGAAAGCAUAGAGGCGCCUGCGCAACUUGCAGACAGGUGUAUUUUUGAUGAUGCUUUAGUAAAUCUCGAAAAUGUCGUCAGUAAAGAAGAGCAACAGCCUGAAGAUGAAAUUGAAAUUAUUUCAUACGAAUCUGAGCUUCAAAUGCCAGAGAUAAUGAGACUUAUACAAAAAGAUUUGUCAGAACCCUAUUCCAUCUACACAUAUAGAUAUUUUAUUCACAACUGGCCUAAGCUCUGUUUCUUGGCAACUCACGAAGGGAAGUGUAUUGGUGCCAUUGUUUGUAAGUUAGAUAUGCAUCGUAAUGUGGUAAAAAGAGGCUACAUUGCUAUGUUAGCCGUUGAUGAAAAGUACAGGAAGAGGAAGAUUGGGUCUAGACUGGUUCGAAAAGCAAUACAGGCAAUGAUAAACGACAAUGCAGAUGAAGUAGUUUUAGAAACGGAAAUCACAAAUAAACCAGCACUGAAGCUCUAUGAGAAUCUCGGCUUUGUGCGGGACAAACGCUUAUUUCGAUAUUAUCUUAAUGGUGUAGAUGCAUUACGGUUGAAGUUAUGGCUUAGGUGAAAUAAGUAGGUAUCUGAGAAAUUCUCAAUGUUGUGUUACAUACUUCUGGAGGCCAUGCUGUCUUAAGCAUAAUUAAUGCAGAUUACUCUUGUUAUUAUGGUGUAACUUUCUAUUGCCAUCCAUGAAGAUUUAGCCAAAUGUAUAGUUUGUUUCAAUUAUUUUUAGUCAUGUGAUAUGUUUUAUCUAAUUUAUGUGUUGAAAUUGUUAAUGAAAAUAUUUUCAUCAAUUCUUUUAUAUUUUGACUGUAAGAUUUUAAAGUGGUUAUUGUCCAAACUAAAUACACAACUUUGAAGAAUUAUAUUGUAGUCACUGUUUAUUUAUAUUUUUCACCCUGCAAUGUUGGUUUUUAUCACAAAAUGAUUGUCUCGUUUUACAUACUAACUUGAUUAAGUAGACAUUUGUAUCUACUUAACGUUUAUGUACUGUUAAAUAAAAUAAAUGAUAUGAAAUCCUUGAAUUCAUAGUAAAGUAUUUAAAUAAUAGCACUAUUACAAUUUUAUUUUUACCCUAUCAAAUUUUAAUGAAAUGAAAUCUCAUAUUGUUUACAAAUAAUUUAUUAAAGCGAGUAUUCAUUUAAAAUGUAAAUGUAGCAGUGUUAGUAGAAGCAGCAUCAUAUAUAAAUGUAUUAUUCACUGGUUUAUAUUGCUUGGUAACAAUUUUAAUGGCCUCAUGAGCUACACAACCACCUAAAAAUGCUGACACACUAUGUAUUUCUGCUCCACCAUAUCUACACAUUUCAUGGACAUGAUCAUCUUUAGGGAAAGGAGGACAGGAUACAUCACUGAGGAGUUUAGUGACACAAGCCUUUAAUUUAGCAAUGUCACCCUCAGGUUCCCAAUCUCCUGGAGCUCUACAGUGUUCUGAUACAAACAUUUCAGCAGCUCUUAAUAAUACAUAGUGCACCAUCAUCACAUCUGGCUCCUCUAAAUGUUUGGCUAUGUAAGAAGCCACUGAACUAGUCAACUGGUAUUCUGAAGCUAUACUAGAUCCACUAAUGAGAUGCAAGUCAUGUGCAUGUCUGCAGAACAAUUUCACAUCAGCUUCACUGAUGUUCUCACAAUGUAAUUGGGCAACAAUUUGUUGCACUUUUCUAUACACUAUUUCAGCAUCCAUUGCAGCUUGAGUUCUGUAUAGAUUUUGUAAUUUGAUGUAGUGCUCUGUUGAUGCAGUCAUGUCCGGUAACACACCUUUGACUGGCAGUUUGCCUUUUCCUUCACCUUCAACAAACCCUCUUAAUGCAGAGCACAUGAUCCAAAAAGGAGUGCUAUCCUUUGUUAAGUUAGUAGCAGCACUGCAGUACAACAAUUCUUGACUUUUUACAGGUAAGUAUGUUGGCAUAAGAGCAGUGUUGACUGCUCUUAUGGCUUCUUCAAAAUUUUCUUCAUUGAUAGGAACAUCAUUUUCAUCCCUUCUAAUGAAUUCACCAAUAAUAGACUUCACUUCAUUCUUCUCUUUUCUACUCAUUGGCCAACGAUUUUGAUUACUGGCCUGCCAUUUUUUCACAGCUUUGUAAAUAAUUACAAUCCAUGGUAUGUGACCAUGGUCCUUUAAAUCAACAGUGUCUAUAUCAAUACUAUCUAAGUAAUCUGCUAAUGAUUGGAAUGGUGCAUCCAGUCUCAAAUCAGUUUGUUCAUUAUCAGGAUGAGUUUCAAUGACUGCAUGUUCCUUUAUUUGAAUCCUGAAAGAUCCCAAAAAUCCAACUGAUCUACAUAGGAUCAGGGGGACAUUCACAUUCCAUAGAUGUUGAGCUAGAUCCUGAAUAGUUUUUUCUCCAAGGGAUGUAGCUAUAACUACACUAAAAGCUUUGAAGAAAUCAGGGUUUUCUCUAAGAAUUUGAUCUGUAGGUUCUUGAACUGCAUGCCCUCGGACAGCUGGAUUUAAUUCUAGCAAAAGCCGCAAAGUUUCAGUACCUCUAUUUAAGUCCUUACUGGAGCAUUUCAAGAAGAAAUUGCUUCCUAUAUCUUCAUCACUGACUGCUUUAUCAUCGAUUAUAGUUAUGGCCCCAACCCCAGGCAAUACUAUGGAUUUUAAUAUUUCAGUACCUAACGCUGUUGCGUUAAUUAAACAAAUAUGACCAUGUUCGAGUGCAGACUGACCAUGAUCUCCCCAUAGUCGGAGUUGCCGGUCAUAUUGUUUGGUUUUUUCACUUUGUUCCGGCGAUUUUGGUGACGGCGAAGCCAUGAUAUCGGAGUAUUUUAAAAGAUAAGAAGCUAUUUAGGUAAGAAAUAACUAAAUUACGAGUAACGUCGACAACUUUACAAAAUUAAUUACUUGCAUCGAUAUUAAUUUUUUGGAAAGAAUACUUUUUUGACCAACACUGUCACUGUCAAAGUGUCAAUACCUCCAU